GCUCUAAAGAGCUCUAAAAGGCUGCCUGUUUUAGGUUUCAAUCCUCCUGAUAAACCCUACAACAUCAAGCCAUUUAUCACUCUAGGGUUUUGAGAUUUUCGAACUCCGUUUAAUUAGAGAUGCAACUGACUCUUGAAUUCGGGGGAGGACUGGAACUUCUUUGUGAUUCUGUGAAGAGCCAUAACAUCAAUGUUGACCCUCAAGAUGGGGAGGAGCAGUUGACGAUGAAAAACUUGCUCUCUUGGGUACGCACCAAUGUGAUCAAGGAGAGGCCUGAAAUGUUCAUGAAAGGAGACUCAGUGAGGCCUGGAGUUCUCGUCCUUGUAAAUGACACUGAUUGGGAACUAAGUGGCCAGCUUGAAACUGUGCUGGAAGAGAAGGAUAACGUAGUUUUCAUCUCAACAUUGCAUGGCGGUUGACAUUGAUACUAUACUUUGCGAGCUUCUGAAACUUGAGUCUAAGAGAACUCUGGUCAUUAAUUAUGUCAUGUACUAGUCAAGAAUGAAGUGUAUUGAGUUUUAAAAAAACAAACAGAAUGAAGUAUAUUGAAUGUAUGAUGCUAAUAUAAGUGCAUUUUGAUGA